AUGCCUCCUCGAUCACAGCCACGUGCUAUGACCUUUACUGGGGGGAUAGUCUGUGAAGGCUAUGGGAUCAGGCUACAAUGGGUUUCAGACUCGCUAGGACAGGCGGAGUCGGGAACUGGCCUUCAAGGACGCCGUAACCUUCGACUUGAUCAGACUUGCAAUCUGUAUGAAUCAGCAACUAUCGAUAGCUUUCUCUCGGCCAUUGACCACGAUUCUGAGUCAGGGCUUGCAUCUCAACAAGGUCCCUUCUCCGCGUUCCCAGCCAAACCAGCAGCCACGCCUCGAAUGGAUGCAUCUACUGCGCAGCCAGGAUCUUUCCUCACGCCCAUAGGCCCAAUGGAAUCUGAUUUCCAAGAUGAAAGCGAUGGACACCAGUUGAUGGCCCAAAGAAUCCCAUCACUUGAGCCACAAUUACUUGGCACUGAAUCGACAGCAGACACGACACAGUGGUGGCCGUUCGACUCUGGUCUCCCCGACUUCUCGGCAUCAGAGCUCGAAAGCUCGUCAAGUGAAUUAAGCCCACUCUGUUACUUGCCACCAGCCGAUGAGGGAUCAAGCGAUCAGCAAGCGUCCGUUGACCUUGACGAUUUGACACCAGCAUCAGGUGCCAUGGUGAACCUGCCUAAAAUCGAUACACGGCUACCAAAAAACAUCUCGAUAACACUAUUUGGGGACACAGAGGUCGAUUCGCUAAUGAACCAUUACAAUUUACAUGUGGCAGAUCUUCUCCAACCGAUAGAUCAUUCCGGGAACCCCUUCCGAACCCUGUAUCUGUCCACGGCGCUUGAAGGGGUCUCAUAUCGUGCAUGGGAUACGGAAACACCGACAGCAAAAGUCUACUCUGCUCUUUCUCAUUCUCUGGUAGCCGCCUCUGCUUUUCACCGAUGGAAUUGCGACCAACUGCAACCCAAUUAUCGAGAGAUGGGUGUCAAGCAUCGCUACUACGCCAUUCAGGCACUGCAGGGUGCCAUUCAACAGGCAGCUCCUGCUGCAAACUAUAAGAUUUUAAUGGUCGCAGUGCUAUCUCUCAUCACUAUAGGAGUACUGUCGGGAGAGGGUGACGACUUUCGCUUUCAUCUCAAUGCUGCAGCUCAGCUACGCAGUCUACGCAGUCGAUGGAAGAUCAUGAGCCGCCAAUCUAGACAACUAAACGAGAUUGGGGCCUUUCUAGCAUUGUUGGCUCGCACGCUCACUUUCCAACCCUCCACAUCAGCUUGGCCCGGCUGCGAUGCCCAGCCCAGCACAGAGGACAGCACGAUUAUAGAGCGGAGUGGCUGCUAUGAGUACUUGUACGGUGUCACGCCUGAUAUAGCAACGUUGAUCUACCAAACGUGCCAACUGGCCGAACACCUACCACGGUUCCGAGAAGAGGGAGAACCCAUGCCGGAUGACUUCCUGGAGAUGUGUGAACAAGUUGGAAACAAGCUCCAGGCCUGGCGGUUCAACUCUGAGAAGAUAUCGUCAAUCCCGCGGAGCGAUGAACUGAGGUUUGCGAUUCUGACGCACCAAGCCAAAGCCUGGCACAGUGCAGCACUCAUCUACUAUUAUACUCGUAUCCAGGAUUGCUCACCUGAGGAUGUCGUCCAAGAGGUCGAGUGCGUUGCGGAGCAUAUGCAAGCAACUGAAGAUGUAAAGCUGGCAUUUGAAACUGCAUAUGACGAGCCAAAGAUGGCGCCCCUCACCUGGCCGGCGUUAAUUGCUUCUUGCAACGCUUUGAGGUCCAGGCGUGAGGUUUGGCGAAGAUGGUGGGCACGCAUGCAACUGUACAGGAUCGCCAAUAUAGAUAAGCAGUGGAACAUAGUGCAGCAGAUCUGGGACAUAGUGGACGGUCGUCGCCUCAAGUACCGAGGCCUCGCUACUCCCGUAGACAACCAAGUAGGUUGCAGUGAAGCAGCAGGAAAACGCCUUUCAGAACGAUGGCAUCACGAAGCCCAAUGCGGCAUUAAAACGGUAGCCCUGUGCUGGAAAAUCUCUUCUGAAAUAGACUCGCCAGGCAAGAGACUCCGAGGCUUUCUCCACACCAACGAUGCUGACUGGAGGUGUCGCUGCGCCAAGUGGGCUGUAAUGCACGCACAAGCUGGCCCAUGA